AUUUAAAAAGGCACAAACGAGUACGUGAGGUUUAGUACGUGGUCCCUUCCAAUCGAAAAAUGAAAACCGCAUUAUGUGGUGUGACUUUUGGAUGUGUGGGUAUCUAUCAUCGUACGACUUUUCGUCAUACGUCGCUAACCGACUCGAAUAUAAACGGCACGUGUACAUCUACUUUCUCGUUUGGCGUGAGUUCAAAUAGAAUUAUUAUAAGGUGUUUAAUCUCAAACAAAAACAAGUACCUGAGUAACGUUUUGUUUUGAUAAUAAUUCCCAGAGAUAUUAGUGCGAAUAUAAGGAAGCGUAGUACGCUAUUUAUUCAUUGGUAUAAAUUGUUGCCCGAGUUCAAUUACGUUCAGUUUAAAAAAAAAGUUUUGAAGCGAACAUUAAAAUGUGCAUGUUUAGGUCAUGUCUUUAACGAAGAAUAUAUCACAUUGUGGAAAAACUUUAAUAAAUAGAGUGUCCCAUAAACACGAUAGAGUUUAUCAACAUAAAAGGAAGAUUACCUCGGGAUCAUCAGAUGUGGAAGAUUCUGUUAAAAUGCAAGCGAAAAAUAUCGUUUUGAACCAGUGGAAACUCAUAAACGAAUUGAAAAAGUAUUUUUCAAAAUUUACCAGCGAUAAUACUUUCGAAACAGCAUUGAACAAAGAAUUUGCCCAGUUUCUUCAAAAAAUCGACUCGAAAACUUACGGAAGGGAAAUAAUCAAAUAUUUUACUUCGACUACUGAAAACGUAAAUAACACAUCGAUUUCGGAUACCAAAGAAGUUAAACAAGGACAAGCUAGCGCUAGCAGACUAUCUUUACCUAUACAAAAUGUAUUAAGUGGACUAAAUAUUAAUAUCCGUAGUAAAGAGGAAGUGAAAAAGGAAGUAUUACCCAGAUGGAAAACCAUUCCGAAACCAAUAGUGUCCCAACAAGCGAUAUGGGCAAGAACUAGCCAAGUUUUAAGUUCAAUAACCGUAGCAGAUACUGAAACUAAUCAAAUUAGAAGAAUAGAAGAUUUAAUAUGUCAUCUAGAACAAUACCCCGAAGCUAAGCAUAAUGCUGUUAAGGAAGGUGCUAUCAAAUCAUUGUUAUGUAUUAGAGAAAAUACAAAAAAUCCUUAUCUCUUAAGCACCUUGAAUGUAGCUACUGCUCUGUUAGGUUAUACAGAUCCAGUACCUGAAGCUGGUAUCAGAAUUUUGUCUAUCGACGGUGGAGGAGUUCGAGGCAUACUAGUCAUAGAAAUGUUGAAAAAACUAGAAGAACUAUCAGGAAAACCGAUCUACGAAAUGUUUGAUUUCAUUUGCGGUGUUAGCACUGGUGCCAUCAUAGCUACAUUGUUGUGUUUGAAACAGAAGAGUCUAGACGAAAUUUCGGAAAUCUAUAAAAGUAUCAGCACUCAAAUUUUCACCCAGUCCGCGUUUAUUGGUACUAGUAAUUUAGUUUGGAGCCACUCCUAUUAUGAUACUCCUUUAUGGGAGAAAUUAUUGAGGGAACAGUGGGAGGAUAUGUUGUUGAUUGAAACUAGGAGAAAUUUGAAAGUUCCUAAGUUUUGUGCAGUGUCAGCUAUAGUAAAUCAAUCCAGAAUAUCUGCGUACAUAUUCCGAAACUAUGCAUUGCCUUGCAAAGUUCAGUCACAAUAUAAGGGUGGAUAUAACCAUAAGGUUUGGGAAGCAGUAAGGGCGUCAGCCGCCGCCCCCACUUAUUUUGAGGAAUUCAAAUUGGGUAAUAUGCUCCACCAGGAUGGUGGUAUUUUGGUAAACAACCCCACAGCAGUGGCAAUUCAUGAAGCUAAAUUAUUGUGGCCUACUACGCCGAUACAAUGCGUUAUAUCUUUCGGUACCGGUAGGACGGCUCCCAAUCCUGUUUCAAGUAGUGCUGGUGAUAAGGAAGAGAUAAUUACCAAUUCGUCGUGGAAAAAGAAAUUUUUCGCCAUUAUAGAUAGCGCGACUGAUACCGAAGGUGUUCAUACAAUGUUGUCGGAUCUACUCCCGGCCAAUGUAUACUAUAGGUUAAAUCCUUAUUUAACGGAAAUGUUGGAUAUAGCUGAAAUUGAUCCGAACAAAUUGGAACAGCUGAAGAGGGACGCUCUUAUGUAUUUGAGGCGAAACGAAGAUAAAUUUCACGACGCUGUUAAAGCUACUAACCACAAGAAAGGUUAUGCUCAAAAAACUUUGGAUUGGUUUAAUCUGAAGAAGGAAAUGUACGGUCUUACUUCGAUUUGAUUUGUAUUUUUUUAAAUGUAAUGAGACCAUUAUCAUAAUUUUUAACUGUGAUUUUAUAUGCAGAUGUUUUAUUUAAUAGUUGUUUUUGUAUAGAUCAAAAUACAUCAUCUUACAAAAA